UUGAAGAAUAGAAAAGAGAGCAGAAAACGUCUUGGAUUCCGUCGAGCAAAAAAAACGCCGCAUAAAUUCACUUCCCUUCCGAAUUGUCGUCGCUUAAUUUGGCGCUUUUAUUUCUACUGUCCGGUUUCGGACCUCUGACGCCGCUCACUGGUUUAUCCAUCUUCUCUCCAAGCUAAGCUCGGAUCUUCAGCUUCCUCGCUGAGCUACUAAUUCAUAUCAGGAAACGUAGGAUUGAGCUUAAAAGUAUACCUAAUUAUGGAUCAAGAAGUGCAUUUCUGCCAGAAGUUCACAAAUAUGAAAUCUCACUGGGUAAAGGUGGAUGGAUCUUUUCUUCCUGCACCAUUAAAUGAACCAAAUGAGGUUGAGCAUUUACUUGUGGAGCCCAAAAGCAACCAUGUUUUAGGAGAUUGCUUGAGAGCUCAAGAUUUCUCCUGUGACUUUGACUAUGGGAUACAAACAAAUCGUGGUGGAUUGGAUUCUAAUAGCAAGCAGGCAGGCGAACAUGAACUUAAAUUUGAAGAUCUUGAUCAACUUCUGGCUGAUGACAAUGAAGUAGAGGAAUUCCAUGCAACAAACAAUCUACCAAACACAUAUACAGAAGUCGCUGAAAAUUCUUUCAGACGAAAUAGGGGAUUACAAUUGGGAAACUUAAGUUCAGAGAGUAAGUCUCAGGGAUCAAGCAGGAAUGAUACUGAAGCUUUUGAAAUAUCAGAAUUAUCAGCAGCAAUGGUCAGAGAGGCUGAAUCCAAUAAUACAACACCUGUUGACAGGGGUUUAACUCACGAGUUGUGCGCUGGUCUGAGGACCAAAGGUAGGUGUGAAACACCACUUGACGGCAGCAUCUGCAGUACGAUACUUGAUAAUAUAAAUAUCCAUAAGUUUGAUACUAAUGAAAGGUGUCUAGAAAAUGGUGGUUUAUCCGAUGAAAAUGUAAAGGGUAAUAUUGAGGCAAGCAAGCUUGCCAUUUGUUCAAGGGAUAGGAGGUUGCGUAAGCCUACUCGAAGAUACAUUGAAGAAUUUGCAGAUUCGAAGUCUGAAAGUCACAAGGGAAAGAGAAAGCCUCCAACAAAAGAUAAAUACGUGAAAGUCACGUCUAUUGAAGAAUCUAAUCAUAUUAGACAUAAGGUACAAAUGUUGACGCCUGGAGGGGAAUCACAUUGUGGUACUUCUAUUCCAGUGCAGUCUCGAUCCCAAAGAAGACUUCCAAAGAAGCAUGUACCAGUUUCAGGAUUUCUAUCAGAAGAGGAAUCUUCUGCAACUGAAUGUAAAAUUGUUUAUUCAUCUGCUAAAAGAUGUAAAAAGCAUGAUAGGCGGAAGCAUCAGAAGAUGUGGACCCUUACUGAAGUAAUGAGAUUAGUUGAUGGAAUUGCUGAAUAUGGAACUGGCCGCUGGACUCAUAUAAAGAAGCACCUAUUUGCAACUUCUCCUUAUCGCACGCCUAUAGAUCUCAGGCAGGACAAAUGGCGAAAUCUUCUGAGAGCUAGCUGUGUUAACAUACAGAACAGAACAGGGAUCGAACGGAAGCAAUCACAUGCCUCGCGUCCACUGCCCAAGUCCCUGCUCCAACGUGUCUAUGAACUGGCCAAUAUUUAUCCAUAUCCAAAGGAGCGCAGUCCAAAAUCAGUCAAAGCAACUACAUCUCCCAUGCAUCUUAUUGAAAGUAACUCUUUGUCAUUCAAUUGGGGGCGGAAGAAGUAUGACUGAUCUACUUUUGGAGCAGUAGAAAUGCCUUUCCAGUAAAGUGGAAGUCUGAAAAAGACUUACAAUUAGUUGUAAAAAAAGUUUGAGUUUUUGUUUUGAUCCGUUUUGUAACCAUGAUGCACUUGAAACUGGGAAGAAAAUCUUCCAUUACAAAAUCCACGGAGCUAUAUUAACUGAGGUCUUCUGAUAU